UGUCUCUGCUAGUCAAGUGUAACGUAGUAAAACAGUGUCUCGUCAAAGCGCCCUGCCCUCCCUUCUGCCUUUCCAGUUUUCCCAUCAUCUCAUACGGGUGCCAUGGCUCUGACUCCCCCUUCGGCCGUGCGCGCUUUCUCAAGGACGCGAUAAACUACUGCUGCGUAUCAGAUCAUUCCCGACCGCUUUUGGUCGUAUAUUAAUUGUUACCGGCGUAACAUUCAUGUUCAUGUUCAUUCAUACACCGAGAACAGUAACUCAAAGGUCAUUCAGAGCAACGAAAGGAUUUUAUUUGCACCACAUUCGUGGUUCUCGACAAGAGGAAGUUCAAAGGUGACCGAAUGUGAAACUCAGUCUUUUUUCCAAGUGAUCAGUAAUCAGCUGAUUCUGAGUGUUCGCUGUGCCGAUGGGUCGUGCCCUGACUUGCUUGCAGAACGUGAUGAAGACAUGAAGAGGCAGAUAUAGACCAAAACAGCACGGUUCAGAAAGGUCUAGGCCAUGGGUGGAACCAAGAGUAAACCCAAAGAGCUCGGCCAGCGCUCCCGGAGUCUAGACGACGGCACUGGAGGUCACCAUCACAGUCCCAAGCAGUCGUCCUUCACACCCAACCGGAGUCCACCGGUGGACGGUACCAGACACGGCACCCAGCCCAACAUCAUCAACGCGCAGCAGGCGCUGUUUGGAGGAGUGAACUCGAACAACAGCAUCACGUCUCCUCACAGGGUCGGCACGCUUUCCGGCGGCGUGACCACGUUUGUGGCUUUGUAUGACUACGAGUCACGAACCGCCUCCGAUUUGUCAUUCAGGAAAGGAGAACGACUCCAGAUUGUCAAUAACACGAGAAAGUUGAACCCCAGGGAGGGCGACUGGUGGCUGGCUCGCUCGCUGACGACAGGAGAGAGUGGAUACAUUCCCAGCAAUUACGUGGCACCGUCUGAUUCCAUCCAGGCUGAAGAAUGGUACUUUGGAAAGAUCACACGCAGGGACUCCGAGCGCCUCCUCUUGAUUCUGGAAAACAGGAGAGGAACAUUCCUGGUCAGAGAGAGUGAGACAACCAAAGGUGCCUACUGUCUUUCUGUCCUGGAUUACGACAACGUCAAGGGCCUAAAUGUCAAACAUUACAAGAUCAGGAAGCUGGACAGCGGGGGUUUUUACAUCACGUCGCGCACACAGUUCAGUACUUUACAGCAGCUGGUCAACCACUACCGCCAGCACGCAGACGGCCUGUGUCACUGUCUGACUGACGUGUGUCCAGUGCUGAAGCCUCAGACUCAAGGCCUGGCACGGGACGCCUGGGAGAUCCCACGGGACUCUCUGAGACUGGACAUCAAGCUCGGCCAGGGCUGCUUCGGAGAGGUCUGGAUGGGCACUUGGAACGGCACGACACGCGUGGCCAUCAAGACUCUGAAGACUGGCACUAUGUCUCCUGAGGCCUUCCUGCAGGAAGCACAGGUGAUGAAGAAACUCCGGCAUGAGAAGCUGGUGCAGCUUUACGCUGUCGUCUCAGAGGAGCCCAUUUACAUCGUCACUGAGUACAUGGGACAAGGAAGUCUGUUGGAUUUCCUGAAGGGUGACAUGGGAAAAAUGCUGCGGUUGCCUCAGCUUGUGGAUAUGGCCUCUCAGAUCGCCUCUGGAAUGGCGUACGUGGAAAGAAUGAACUAUGUGCACAGGGACCUCAGGGCUGCCAACAUCCUGGUGGGUGAUAACCUGGUGUGUAAAGUGGCUGACUUUGGCCUUGCUCGACUCAUAGAGGACAACGAAUACACGGCCAGACAGGGAGCCAAGUUUCCCAUCAAGUGGACCGCGCCAGAGGCGGCGCUUUACGGCCGCUUCACCAUCAAAUCUGACGUGUGGUCGUUUGGGGUCUUACUGACGGAGCUGACGACCAAAGGCAGGGUGCCUUAUCCAGGUAUGGUGAACCGGGAGGUGCUGGACCAGGUGGAGCGUGGCUACAGGAUGCCCUGUCCCGCCGAGUGCCCAGAAUCCCUGCACGAGCUGAUGCUGACCUGCUGGCGCAAGGAGCCCGAAGAGCGGCCCACCUUCGAAUACCUCCAGAGCUUCCUGGAAGACUACUUCACCUCUACUGAACCACAGUACCAACCGGGCGAGAACCUCUAGAGAUGCCGAUCCAGUCAAGUGUGAGAAAGAGAAAGAGAGAUCCUUUUCCUGACCAGAAAACAAACACGGAAAGUUUGUGGAAUAACCCAAACAAUACUGAUCCACAUGGAAUGAUAUCCAAUUCAGCCCGUUUUAAGCAACUUGCUGGGUUUUCAUAUGGUCUCAGUGUUACAGCAUCGCCCUCUGUUAUUGUAAUCGCAUGUUUUUCCACUUUCAUCGCAGGUGAGCUUCAAACAGCAAGACAAGAUGCAUCUUUUCUGCAUCAUUCGCAAAGAAAUCCACUAACAAAUUUCUUCUUCGGCCGUGCAGCUUGCGGUUUCUGCUGAUAAUUGCUGCGAGGCUUUAUUUCCGAAGCUCUGCGGAUUGAUCGCAAGCUGUUUUUCUUGACCUCGAUGUACCACCACUUCUCUCCUAAACCCUUUUAGCGGAUGCUCCAGAUCUGUCAUUCAUCCUCCUCCCACAAUCCCUCACUUCUAUCCUCUCCCAUCCCCCUUCAAACCCCCAAAGCAUCAAGCUCCGUCAGCGCCGGUGUUUGUCAUGAACCCUGCGACCCGUUCACAAGCUCAGAUGGAUGAGAUUUGAUCGGCAACAUCAGAUGUCAGCACCUCUGUGCAUGUUGGGAGACAUCUGUGAUUGCAGCUCUCUCGUGACGAAUGGACGUUCCCGUUAAUGUCUUCCAAUAGAUAUCCAGGGUCCGUAUCUGAACAUGGUAUUUUAUGCCUUUUAAUGGUAGAAAUGAGCUUUUUGUCCCACUAUGUUUCUUUUGUAUGAACCUGGAUCAACUGGAAUAAGAAUGUGAUUGGUUGAGCACUGGUCACAUGAUUGGAAACGUUCGGACUGAAAUGAUGGAAACAAAACAUUCUUCCUUUUGAUAUGGACUCAAUUAGAGAAUCGUUCAGAAUGUGGUUUCAUUUGAUACAGUUAUUCUACUCUUCUAGUAUUCAAAACAACUACUGAUAUAUAGCAUUGUUUUUUGUUUAAAGCAGAUGUGACUGUAUAGUCCUACUUUGUGUGCCAAUACAAAGGAAAAAAUGAAUUUUUGUACUGUUUUAUUAUGUACAAAAUGUAUUUUUAUUAAUGUUGUUUUUUUUGUAUCAAAGAGGAUGAGCAGGCUUUGUAACUAGAAUUUAAAGGAAUAGUUCACUGAAACAUUUUCUAACCCUCAUGUUGUGUAAAACACAAACGGAGACGUUUAGCUGAAUGUCCAUGCUGCUCUUUUCCAUAUACAAUACUUUUACAUUUAUUGCAUGAGAAAAGCGUCCUCUAAAUGUCUC